UUUAGCAAAGAAGAAAACAACCCAAAAACCAAAAACCACACAGCAAUGUGGGCAGUGUCCUACCUGCCCCCACCAACACCGCCAUGCCACCCUCUCGUACGCAACCUCAACAAACCACCUCUCAAUCUCAAGAGCCUCUCCGUCUCCGCCAAGUCUCAGCCACCAGGCCAAGACCUCGGAGGCUUAGGCCAUUCAAUUCUCACCAAACUCAAAUCCAACCACAAACCCACAAACCCAAUUCCCUCAAAGCAAAAGCAAAAGCAAAGGAAAAAUCAAGAGGGCAAGCAGAUGAUUAGUGGGUCUGAUGUGCUUUUCGCUCUCCAGAAAGCAGCUGAUAAGAAAAGCAGAGAGAUUGGUAAGAAAAAGAAGAAGGCAAAUGUGUCGUCGUCAUCAUUAUCAUCCUAUCUGGGAAGCCACGGGGAAGAGGAAGGUGUGGAUGAGGAUGGGAAAGUGAGGCCCUUGUGUGUGAAAAGUGAGUGGGGUGAUAGGUUGGAUGAAUUGGAAAAGCGCUUUCAGGAGCUUUCUUCUAAGGUCGUUUGAGGGUUUGCCCAUCUAUGCAUUCCAAUUGUGAAUAAUAUUUUUAUUUGAUUCAUAACAAUGUUUUCUGUUUCUUUUUCAACACUGGUCUUGUUACUCUUGCAUUGUAUAAAUGAAUCACAUUCGGAGAAAUGAAACUAAUGUCACCUAUGGACACUUGGCAAUAGAGCAUAGAGGACAAUUUUUUGA